CUUCGUUUCUGCUCCUGUCACUCAUCAGAUUGUGCUGAGUCAUCGUUAUGCAGUGCUCAACCUGCAAUGCACCCACCGAUAGUGCUAAUUCGGUGUCCUGUGCCGGUGUUUGUGGUUCCAAGCAUCACACCCAUUGCACGGGGUUGUCCCGUGAUUCUACUCGUGAGCUUGGGCGUAAUAAUCAAUUGUUGUGGUUGUGCAAAACAUGUCACGAGUUUCGCAUUGGCACAAAUUCACUUCUCACAAAUCGGCUAUCAAGAGCGAUUUGCUUCCUGAGAUCCUCGCUCUCGUUGAUAAGCGAGCGCUAACACCCAUAUUAGCUAAGCCGUCUGUUAGCAACGCAUCGCGAUCGCACACAUCCACUAAUGUAUCGUCGCUCAAUGCCACAAAUACAUCCAGAACGACUAAAACAGCUUCCGCUCGCCGUACAUUUACUAACUCAACGGAGCUCACUGAUGAUAUCCAAGCUGCGAACGAUACCAACACUGUGGAUGAUUCUGACAACUGUAACCACUACAAUCAUCGUACUAAGCCGACUAGUGAUGUUAGUGCUGGAAACUAUCGAACAAAUACACAAGCAUCUUCUGAUCCUGUUUUGAACCAAAACACCACCAACACGGGCAUAGCCGAGAAAGUAUGGUUAUACUUCACGAACAUCAAAUCGCAUGUCUCGGCUGAUGAUAUGCGUGUGUGGCUUAAAGCUGUGCUACCAACGGACGAUAUUAAUGUUUACCGUCUCACGAAAAAGGGUGUGAACCUGGACUGGAUGUCCUUCAUAUCGUUCAAACGCUUGAUUCUAUCACCAUCCCAGAUGACCGAGAUCCUAGAGGCUAUUCAACUGGAGUUUCCUCCCACACCGCCUCAGUUAUCACCGGGGGUGGGGCUUCAAUCACAAUCCAAUCUCAGCAACACGAACCGCUCACCACAGAUCCGCCCGUUUGCCAAACGGAUAGCUCACAAUUAA